AUGUCUGCGAUGGAUCGGCGGAGUUGGCCCUGGAAGAAAAAAUCAUCUGAUAAGCCAUCUGCUGAGAAAGCUGCGACUGCAUCAGACACUGCUUCUGUCCCUUCAGCUUCAGCUGUAUCCCGGGGUGAUCAGGGUAAGCUGGAUGACUACAAAAAGCCAAACUAUGUUCAAAUUUCUGUGGAGUCGUAUUCACAUCUAACUGGAUUGGAGGCACAAGUGAAAUCAUACGAGGAUCAAAUUAAUACUUUAGAAGAUGAGGUUAAGGAAUUGAACGAAGAGCUGUCAGCAUCCCAUUCAGAGAUGACAACAAAGGAAAAUUUGGUCAAACAACAUGCUAAAGUCGCCGAAGAAGCCGUCUCAGGUGUGAAAUUGAUCUUAUUCUUGUACAUAAAGGAAAAAGACCAAUUGUGCACAUAG